AUGACGGACGAAGACAAUCAAGCCUACUCUCAACAUGUGACCUGGAUCGGAGAACAGAGCGAUGGCUCUGAGAGAGACGCGCUUAGAGCCGUCGACCCCGCCGGUUUCUAUAUUCGGCCACCGCCAAAGCCUCAUGAGCUCGACGGCGACGUGACGGAUGAGACGCAGCUCUUCCAAACGAUUCACAUGGGAGCCGCGGUCGUCGACGAGGACAAGUGGAAACUCGUGGUGGACGGGCUGGUAGAACGCGCAUUCACCGUGAACCUAACACAACUGAGAAGUAUGCCCAGAACAACCAUCACUUCCUUCCACGAGUGCUACGGCAGUCCAGUGGCACCUCCUACCACCGCACUGUGGAGAAUUGGCAAUGUCGAGUGGACCGGAGUACGCCUUGCAGAGCUGCUUCGACUGGCACGACCGAAGGCGCAAGCGACUCACGUUUGGUCCCAAGGCCUGGAUCACGGCUCAUUUGCGAAUGUCGCUGCUGACAAGUACGAAAAGGAUCUCACGCUGGAAAAGGCGUUUUCGCCAGAGGUGUUGGUGGCAUUCGAGAUGAACGGAGAACCACUGACCAAGAACCGCGGAGGCCCCGUGAGGCUCGUGGUGCCUGGCUGGUUCGGCACCAACUCGACAAAAUGGCUGUGCAGACUGUCCCUGCAGGAUGGUCGUGCUUCGGGUCCUUUCACCACGACGUUCUACAAUGAGGUCGACCCCACAGACGCGACUGGGCAGAGAAAGAGACCGGUGUGGACGGUCGAGCCCAACUCGAUGAUAAUCCGACCGAAACCUGAAGAGGUCUUGUCGGUGCGGCGAAACGUUGAGGUCUGGGGCCGCGCAUGGGGCGGUCAGGAGAUCGUGAAGGUUGAUCUCAGUCUCGACGAGGGGACAAGUUGGACUCCUGCGACUGUGACGCCUCGGAAACAAUUUGAAUGGCAGCUUUGGAGGAGCGAGCUCACAGUAGAUUCACCGGGGAGAUAUCGAGUGAUCGCAAGGGCCACGGACAAGGAUGACGUCGCCCAGCCGUUGGCCGGCAGAAGAAAUCACGUACACCAUGUGAUUGUUGCAUUACAAUGA